UCACAUCCUGUCCAUCUCGCAUAUUCGGAAUAAAGAUACGCCUAGCAAUUAACAAUCGUUCAAACCACUUGAAUUUAGCGCGCUUUUAAUAUAUAAGAAACUGUCGAAAGAUUUCUUUCUCGCUAGACAAAGGAUUCGCGAGAGAGAAAUGUAUAGUGCUUUUGAUAUCGCCUAAACAUCUAACCGCCGUUUUUGUCUCCCGUUUCAUUGAAAGUUUACGUUACGGUAACGUCGAUGUGUACACAAAUAUUUUCGAGGUCGGCAGCAAGGACAAAAUUGUUUGUUUCAACGAUUGACACGAUUUUCGCAAAGAGAAUUCAAUGAACGUUAAGAAACGAAUCGAACGAAGUAAGCUAUUAUAUGCAAAAACGAGAAACGAUUUAAUCUAAAAAGUGUAAUUGAGUAGGAUCAAAAUGACACAGCAUAUGCAGUCUCUUGAAAGUGUCAUUUUUAUCACUCAUGUUGAGGCUGAUGAUAUGUACCUGAAAAUCUGGGGUCAACUGGAUAAACAAGCUGCUACUUCUGUAGAGCAUUACAUAUAUCCUUUGAUAGAACGAUUUAAUCAAGGAUAUGGUUGCCCUUCCAAGUCCAACAGAUUAAGCAUUGGUACAUUAUGCUGCGCCAGAUUUCAAUCCGAUGGCUAUUAUCGAGCAAAAAUACUUGGUAUACGUCCCGAUGGCAUGAUAAUUGUGCAGUUUAUUGAUUAUGGCAAUGUGGAAAUCUUAUCGCCAAAUGAGAUUCAUUUGUGGGAGAACAUACGUGAAAUGGAACCUUUGCAAGCAUAUCCACCAAUGGCAUUAGAAUUCACAUUGAUGAAUGUAUUGCCUAUAAAUGGUGUUUGGGAAAACGAAAUAAUCGAAGACAUUAAAAAAACUCUGUGUUAUAAUGAGUAUAGAGCUCUUUUUCAUGUGAUAAAUAACUGCAAUUUCAUAAAAUUGUGGUACAAUAAUGAGGACUUUAGCGAACUAUUGGUGAAGCAACGCAUGGCUUUACCAGCUACAAUGCCAGCUACAAUACCUGUUAUACCUGAUAUAUACAGGCCAAAGCAUAUACUGCAAAUGCCAGCAUAUCAGCAACAAAAUAAGAACAAUGUAAAUAAUUGUCCAACAAUGCCAAUAAUGCAGACUUCAAAUAUGAAUCAUAAUUCCAAUGUACAAGGAUUCCACAAGAACCCUUUUUCUGCUGACAUAAAUCAAUACAAACAUGCUGAUCAACAGCCUUUACAACCGCCGCCUGCUCAAGAAGCACUUGUAUUCAAAUCUCGUGUAUUAGAUGUAAACUCACAAUAUCAAGUAUUAAUAUCACAUGUAGAAGAUGGUCCAUCCAAGUUUUCUGUACAAGUUGAAAGCACACAAACUAUAUUAACUCAAUUGAUGGAUGAGAUAAACAGUCGUCCAAAACAACCAUUACAAGAACCCCCAUUACCAGGAUCAGUUUGCUUAGGACGAUACAGGGAAACUGGGGAAGAUGGAGUAUUAUGUCGGGCAGUUGUAAUGUCUGUCAUGGAACAUAAAUGCAAAUUGUAUUAUGUUGAUUUUGGUCAUACAGAAGUUUUACCAUAUACAGACAUCUUUCAAUUGCCACCUGAAUACAUUAAUCCUAAAGUGCUUUCCAUUAGAUUCACAUUAAGUGGUCUAAAGGAACUCAACAUUACACAAGAAAUGAAAGCAUACUUUAAAGAACUAGUACACAGAAAAUUACUUAUUCUACAUGUUCGUCCACCAGAAGGACCACCAUUGAUUCAGUAUGGUGAUUUGUAUGACAAUGGCAUGAACAUAAAAGAUAUGCUAAAGAAAGCGUUUCCAACACCUGCUCCAACAAUAUCGAUAACGUAUUCGUAUCCGCAAUUACAACGAUUAUCGAAAGAUGUUCAAGAAGUUGUGCAUGUCUCUUAUGUAGAGUCAUGUAAGAAAUUUUUUGUGCAACUUGACAAAGGGAUAAAAUCUCUCGAAUCGAUAAUGACUGGCUUAGCACAAUAUGCUAAAAUGGCAUCUGUUUUAAAUGCAGCACAACUAAAGGCAGGCUCACCUUGUGCAGCUUUGUACGAUUCACAAUGGUAUCGUGCACAAAUUCUUAGUGUUACUGGAGAGCAAGUUAAAGUAGUGUAUGUUGAUUAUGGAAAUGAGGAAAUAAUACCCACAGUGUCUCUUCGUGCAAUUCAUGAUGACUUAGUAACAAGUUUGCCAGCACAAGCUAUAAAAUGUGCAUUAAAUGGUUAUGAGGUGCUUUCAUCAGAUCAAGAAGUCUCCAAUCAUUUUGAAAGAUUAACGCUCGAGAAACGUUUUUAUAUGAAAGUAGUUGCUGCACAACCCAAAGGCCUAUUAGUUGAUUUAUUCGAAUUUGACACAAUGAGGAGUAUUCAUCCUCAGCUAUUAAACAAUUUAUUCUGCGAUAAAAAUUCUACAAGUUCGCCAAAUGGAGAAAUUCAACAUUCUAUGAAGCCAGUGAAUAAUUUCCAGAGUGGAGAUAAAGAUCGAUAUAAUAAAAAAAAUAACACAGAUACUUGGAAUCGUAACCAAAAUGCUAAGUCUUAUCAAGAUAAUAAACCAAAUUCCUGGAGAGGUGAAUCGACUCAAGAAAAACAAUAUAAUAAUAGACAUGACAGAACUCGCGCUUAUUCCCAUCGUGAUAGAAUUGAUUCACAGAAUGAUCGGUUUGCUAAAAAUGAAACUGCAUACAAUAGAUCUAGUAGAGAUAGAGCAUAUCAUAAACAUGAUAAGAGUGAAAUAAAUGGAUUCAAGGAUUUAGAUACUUCCUUCAAAGGUAAUAGUAAACGCGGGAAAGGUAGUUUUAAUCGCGAUGGCUUUAACAAUGGACGAGAAGAGAGCUAUGAUAACAGAGCAUCAGACAGAUUGCAAACUAGCAAGUGGAGUGAUAGAAAACCAAUUAUGGCUCGUAAGCCUAACUACAAAAAUGAAAAAUUUACUGAUGAUGACUAUAAAAGGGAGAAUAAUACAAGUGUGUUUACGAAUGAGCAGGUAAAUGUUUGUGAAUCCUGGGAUACAAAUAAUGUUGAUAAAAAGUUACAGGACAUUGGAGUUGUCAAUAAAGAAUUCCAAUUUUUAUCAAUAAAUAUUACUCCUGGCUCCAUAAAAAAUUGCGAAGUGGUAUACAUUAACAGUCCAUUUGACUUUUUUGUUCAAUUAAAUCCUGAUUGCUUAGAAUUAGACACUGUUAUGGAAAGUAUAACUGCAUUGUACGAAAAUGGUGGAGAAACAAUGUCAAUCUCUGAGAUACAAUGUAAUACAUGUUGCAUAGCUCAAUACUCGGAAGAUCUUAAGUGGUAUAGAGUGGUAAUCAAAUCUGUAGAAGAGAAUAGUGCGACUGUGGAAUUUGUUGACUAUGGAAACACAGAAUCAGUUGACUUUACGAAAAUUAAAGUCAUUCAAGAAAAGUUCCUGAAAUUGCCAAUGCAAGCAGUGCAUUGUAAAUUACUUGGAUUGACCAGUGAUAAGGAAAUCGAACACGCGAUUUUCUCAGAAAUUGUCGAAGGAAAAUCAUUAGAAGUGGAAUUUGUUGCUGAAGAAAAUAAAGUAUACGAAGUAUUGUUACGCGAGAUUAUCAAUGGCCAACCAAACACUAAUUAUAUAAAUGAAGAAUUUUGCUCAAUCGCAGAGUUACAAAAAGCAAAAGAAACUGUGGCAAUUAAAAAGACAUUUAAAACGACGACGGAAAAUAUACAAGGAGCCCCAGAUUAUGCUUCCAUUGAUUCAAAAUGGAAAACAACUUUAUAUGAGCCUGAAUCUAAGCAUGAUGUUAUUGUUACAUGGUUUAUAAAUCCUAAUAAAUUUUAUUGUCAAUUGUUGACUAACGAAGCAGAAUUUAAAAUAAUGAUGAGUGAGAUUCAGAAAGCAUAUGUUGGUAAAGAACCUAUAACACAUAAAUUACAGGUUGGUUCAGCGAUUAUAGCGAUAUUUUCUGAAGAUAGAGCUCUUUAUCGAGCAGAAGUUGUAAAUACCAGUGCGCAUAAAGAUGCAUAUAUAAUUCAAUACAUAGAUUUUGGAAAUUGCGCAAUCGUAAAGCUAUGUAAUAUAUAUCCUGUAGAAAAAAGAUUUAUGCAACUACCUAAAUUAGCAAUACAAUGUUCCUUGAAAGAUAUUGUACCUAAUAAUAAUUUAGACUGGUCUAAAACUAACAACAAUGCACUCGAUAAUUGCUUUAAUGCUGAUAAGUAUAAAUGCAUCUUACAUGAUAUUAAUAAUAAUCAAUACACAAUUUCGUUAAUCCAUAAUGGACAAGAUGUGAGUGAUAUGUUAGUACAGAAAAAUCUUGCGUCCUUUGCUACAAAGACUUCAGUCGAAACAAUUUGUGGUGAAUCAAAAGCAUCUGAUACAAAAAUAAGAACGCUCAAUGAUGUAGAGAGAGUGGACAUAAGUCUUUUGAGUGGUCAAAUUCUCAAAAUGAAAGUUUCUAAUGUAGAAAGUGUAACUCUAUUUCAUGUCCAGCUUCAAUCAGCCUCAAAAUAUGAAGAUAUUGUUCAAAAAUAUAUGACUGAUAAAAAUACAAAGGUGAUGUCGCGAUUAUCAACUGAUGAGAUAUGUCUUGACGCGGGCUGUCUAAUCAAUGUAAAUGGCACAUGGAAACGAGCUGUAGUAAUUAACUGUUCACAGUCCAAUGGAUUUUAUGUAAAACUUAUUGAUACUGGAAUGUGUCAAAAGAUCUUGGAUGGAGCUUUGGCUUUACCUGGAGAACUCGCAAUCAUGCAGAACCAAGCGUUAGAAUGCUCUCUGCAAAAUGUAACAGCGUCAUCCGAUGCAGAUAAACGAUUGAAAGAGCUUGAAGGAAAAGAAGUAUUGAUUAUGGUGGAAGAAGUCAAUAACAAUAGACUUAUCGUAAAACUGUAUGAUCUUCUUGGAAAUAAAAUAAUGAGUAUGGAAGAGAAAAUGGAAAAGAUAUCACCAAUAUGUUUGAUGCCUAUUCUAAGUUCCACUCAUAAGGUAUCUAUCUCAAAUCUGGAAAAUUCUACCAGCAUCUGGUUGCAACGGUAUUCAGAGCUGGAGCUUAAUACCAGAUUAUUGGAAGAUCUUGAAAAAUAUUAUACUAAUUUUGGACGAACAUUGAAACCAGAAGUGAAUUUAUUGUGCGUGGCCAAAUGUUUGGAGGACGGAAAUUGGUACAGGGCAAGAAUCAUCAACUAUACUGAAACGACUAUCUAUGUACAUUAUAUUGACUAUGGCAAUAUCGAGGAAAUUUCUCUGGAUUCGAUUAAGGUUUUAGAACCACAGUUUUAUGAACCUCACCAAUUAGCAAUAAAUGUAUCAUUAUCGAUAACUCUUAUCGGUACUGAGGCCGAACAGCUAAAUCUACUACAAACUCAUUUGAUGAACAAAGAAUUCACCGCUGUCUUUUAUAACGUACACAAAAAAUGGAUUGUCGAUCUGAUCGAAAACGAAGAGAAACUCAGCGAUAAAUUCCGUUCACUAAAUUUAUUGAAAGAAGAACAAACUACAACGUCUAAACUAUCAGACUCUGAAACUUACGAAGCAUCAAAGAUAGAUAAAUUUAAUGUAUGCGUAUCUCAUGUUGAUUCUCCGAGUCAGUUCUGGUUGCAACGAGUAGAUGAGAUCGCGUCUCUCAAUCAGAAACAAGAACAACUUCAGUUGGAAGUGUCUAAUUUUUCGACCAUAGAUAGUAUACUAGAAGAAGGUACUUUGUGCGUUGCUACUUAUUCGAUUGACAAUCUCUGGUAUCGCGCCGAGGUAUUGGAUGCAGAUGAGGACAUUACAACGGUUCGAUUCAUAGACUAUGGCAAUACAGAUGUAAUUAAUAAUAAGACAGAUAAUAUUCGACAAAUACCAGAUGCUUGGAAAAGCUUAGAGAGAUUUGCAUUGAAAUGCAGACUCGAUGUUAUUCCUGUAGAUACGGAAGAUUGGAACGAGUCGACUUGCGAGAGAUUCGAGUAUUUAGUAACGUCCACAGAAACUCUUCAGGCUCUAAUAGUAGCGGAUACCGUACCUAAACGUGUAGAACUGUUCAUAAAUGACAAGAGCAUCAGCGAAAUGUUGGUUGAGGAAAAGCACGCUAUUAUAAUUAACACUGAGCAAGAACCCGUGGACGAGAUAGUCGAUCUCGAACUGGAUCCUCAUUCCGCUUUCGUGUGUCACAUCAAUUCGCCGAGUGAGUUUUGGGUUCAGGAAGAGAAAUCAGUUGCUGAUUUGGAAGUGAUGGCGGACAGAUUUAUAGUCGCUGAUAUGUUCCCGAAGAUUGACAAUGUGAAAGAGGGUUUGCUGUGCGUCGCCAAAUAUCCGGAAGACGAGCAAUGGUAUAGGGCACGUGUAAUCUCUCACGAUAACAAUGGGAACAUGCAAGUCAUAUACAUAGACUACGGAAAUUCCGCUGUAUCCACUGAGAUCCGUGCCAUUCCAGAAGAUCUAGCAAAUAUAUCGCCUCUAUCGCGCAAAUGCUGCUUACAAUUGCCACCGCAGAUCAAGGAAUGGUCGGAGCAGGCUCAUGAAGAAUUCGUCAAGUUGGCUGCGGAUGGUGCGACCAUCUUCCUACUAGACGUAUUGAAGGAUGAAGAGACAUCAUUGGUGAAAUUAACACUGGACGGCCAGAACGUCGCCGAUAUUCUUGUGAGUAUGUGCGAGCAACAUGUACCCAUUAUUGAAGAAAGGUUACCACCGCUAGGUGAGGAGAAUUCGCCGAACGUGGUAGUGAGUCAUAUCAACAGCCCGGAUGAGUUUUGGAUCCAAGCCGAGAGUAGUAUAAGCGAACUAGAAGUGAUGUCAGAUCGUUUGCGUGACGCAGAGAGUUUCCUCGCUUUGAACAAUCUUGACAUCGGCACAAUCUGUGCCGCUCGAUAUCCGGAAGACGGAUGUUGGUACAGGGCAAAAAUAAUCGCACGCUGCAAAACGGGCACAGAAGUCUUGUAUAUGGAUUACGGCAAUUCCGCGAUUACAAAAGAAUUAAGAAUACUACCAGAGGAUAUUGCAAAUAUUCCCAUUUUGUCGAAACGAUGCACGCUUGAGCAGCCAAGCCACAUUUCUGCGUGGACUGAGAAAGCUUGUGAUAAGUUCAAAGAACUCGCUGCUGAAGGAGCCACUAUGUUUGAAUUUGAAAAUCUUGAUGAAGCUGAUCCGAUGCAUGUUCGAUUAAGUCUCAACGGGACGAGCGUUGUUGAACUUUUAUUGGCUGAAUUCGAAAGUAUUCCUCCGAAAAUUGAAGAGAUAACAGAAAAAAUUGAAGAGAUAACCGAAAAAAUCGAAAAGAUAACCGAAAAAUUACCAGAAAUUGAAGAAAUUAUUUCUAUUGCAAAAGAGGAACAAGAAACAGUUUUCCACGAGGAUUACAAACUAGUAGAUAACAGUGAAGAAACCUCAAAUUUAGAUAAGGAAGCUCAACAAGAACAACAAGAACAAACAGUCAAUCAAACAGAUAAUUCAAAUUGCAUUAAUCAAACAGAAAAAUGUGAAAAAGGAAUUGAUAAAGAAGUGUUUAAUGAAUCCUUUAUACAUUCUGACAUAAAAGAGGAAAACAAAUGUAAAGAAGAACAACCGAAACAUAAUAAGAGCUUGAUUGAAAUCGAGGAAAAAGAAAAUGAAGCAUCUAAAGUUAUGAUAGCUGAGUGUACCUCAAGAAUGGAAGAAAUAUCAGAAGAUAUAGUCGAAACAAAUAAAGAUGUAGAUAUUGCCGGGAAUGAAACGAUUUCUAUAAAUGCAAUUAUACCUACUACAUCAUGUUUGAAAGAGUCCUUACUUCAUGUAACGGAGCUUAGUAUUGAUGAGAUAGUUGGAAAUAUGAUAAAAGAUGUCGUAGAGGAUGUAGAAUCACGAAAAAUCGAUCAUACAAACCUCUCAGUCACAAAUGAAAUGCAAUUAUCUGAUGUUGCGCAAACUGACGAGCAGCAAGAAUUACUAUCUCAAAUGCAAUUUAUAAAUACGAAUAAAUCUUUAAAUACACAAAUUUGUAAAGAACAUGCGAUAAAAGAUGUAGAGAAUUUGGAUUCGAAAAUUUCAUCAGUAACGAAUGAAUCGCAAUUUCAGGAUGUUGUGCAACUUGAUAAUAAUCAAGUUAAGGAACAUGCUGAGGUACAGUCUAAUGUAAACGAAUCUUUGAACAAUUCCAAAAUUUCAGAAAUAAUAUUGUGCUUGUCGAAAGAAGAAAUAAACUUGACACCAGAUUCAAUAAAGAGCGAGACUAUUUCUGAAAGCACGAACAAGAAUAAUGAUUUAGAAACUCAACCCGAGAGUACAGAUUCAAACACUUCCUCAGGAUCGAUGUGUACGGUAAAAAUGACGGAAUCGACGUCGUAUGUAAUUAAGACUGAUCCAGUUGAGCAGUACAAUUACUCGAAAAGACGAUCAGAAGACAAGAUAAUUCCCGGAUGUGUCUCCAGAGGCGAAUCACCCAGUGAUUCGGAAGCUAGAAUGCGUCCUGCAACACCAAAGACACCAUAUUCGGAGAAACUCGUGGCUGGUGCUGUGAAUCCCAUCAUACAAUCAGUCUCUGCUAGCAUGAACGAAGAAGACGAAAUACUUGUAGUUUCUGUAGAGUAAAUAUAGCGGACAUGUACUGCAUAUAAAUGUAUAAUAUAUAUACAUUUGCAGUAUAAAAAUGCAGUUUCUUACAAAUCUUUUAUUUUUAUUUUUAUUUUUCGUUUUUUUCUAAUAUUUAUAUAAAUAUAUAUACAAAAAUUAUAUUGCUGUAUAUGCGAUGUGUACAGUGAACGCGUUUUGUUUUUUUCUCUUCUCUGUUUACACGCGAUACAAAUCUGCCGCGUUUCCUACGAAUCUAUAUGUUACCGCUACAAUGCACAUAUUAGGCCAUCAAGUAUGCGACCAAAGAUUAAUUCAUCUAAUUGACGACUCACUUUAUAAUUGCGUUAUUAUUUUUUUAUGCUAAUACUCGCCUGUGAUAUCAAAUAAUGAUCACAAUUUUUCUUAAUAUUCAUAAUUUUUUUAAGUAGCAAUAAAUUUGGUAAUCAACUUUGCUUUCAGUUUUCAAUAAACGAAUUUCUUUACAUAACUUUCUAUUGCAAAUUAUAUACAAUAUGUAAUCAUAUAUAACAAAUUGCUUUUGUGACUAAACGAGAUAUAAGCAAAGUAAAACAAAAUGUUUUAUUUGUUUGACACACAUCUUCAUUAAUUACAUACGCAUAACGUAACUGCGAUAAUUUUUUUAAAUAUUAGAAGUAAAAUACAAUGACAAUUUCUAAUAACUUCUUUGUGCGAAUACAUAAUUAUAUUAAAAAAAGCAAGUAAUAUUUAGAAAAUUUAUUACUUCUAUAAUAUAAUUACAUAGCAUAAGCUAUAUAAUAUUGAAACGUGAUUGUACUGCAACAAAUUCAACUGAGCAUUGUAAAAAGAUAGCUAUAAAAUAUAAAUAAAUUGGCUAUAUAAAUAUAUAUAUUUAUAUAUAUAAUUAUACUCAAUUAUAACCAAUUUAUUUGUAUAUGUACUUUUUACACUUAAUAAUAUAAUUAUAGUAUAAUUAUUCAAAACGUACAGAAGAAAGAAAAGCUGCAUUUUUCGCAUCGUAACUACGUUAUGUACAUUUUUCAUAAGUACCGAAUGUUGUAUCGGAUCAAAUAUGUAAUUGUGAAUUUAUUUCCUAAAUCUCAUAUAUUAUAUACAUAAGAAUUAUAUAUUAAUCUAUAGUUCCCUUUACUUCUUCCUACAAUUUUGUAUAUUUAACAUUAAUAUAAGUUAGGAUUAUAAUAUAUACAAUAUAGUAGGUAAUAGAUAUAAAUAUUUGUAUUCUGCUAAAAUAUUUUUUCUAAUAAACAUUUCACACAAAAUAUUUACCG